GCUUUGUGCGCGUCGGGCGGUGGUACAUCAAAGCCUUCUAGUUCCCGCUCCGGCCUUUGACGGCUGCGUCGCAGCCGCUCAGUCAUCGUUCAGUAGCGGGCCGGCUCGCUGGAUGCAGUGCAACGUAGUCAGGACGUUUUGCCGACGGGUGCCGCGCGUGAAACGCUUGCGAUUAUGUCGCUGAGGGGUAGCAAGAGUGUGCGUAGCAAAGUGGCUAGAAAAGGGCGGAAAGUGCGUACUCCGCAGCACAGCGGUGCUGCUGCUGCUGCUGCUGGUGAACGAAGCGAUCGAGGUGAUCGAGGAACCGGGGAGACGACGACGGGGAAAGCCGCACCGCGCGAGGGUCGAUGCGCGACGCGCAUGCGCGAACCCCUGGAUACGAAGACCCUGGAAAAUGCCCUGGUACGCUGGGUCGAGAGACAACGGCGAAAUCAUCUUUCUACGUCGCACUACCAGGUACCAGAGGUUAAGACUCGACGUCGGAAGGAUUGCGUUCUGGAGUAUAAGGCUGAUCGGGUGGUGCGUCAGGAUCACGAGGGGAAGGAGGUGGACGAGGAAGAUAGAGAUCAGGAUAGAAACUUAAAAAAGAUAGCAGAUGAGGAAGUUGAAGUCGAAGAGGAUUCCGUGGUCAAGAAGGAGGAAGAGAAACCGCUGGAGGAACUGGCCGAAUAUCUUACCUCGGAGGGUUCUUCCGAUACCAAGAGAACCAAGGAGGAGAUGAGUUCAGCAGGCAUGGGGACGCGGGAUUCGGAGGCUGGAAUCCUCGGGGAAGGUCUGUCCGGUGAACUCGAAGACAACGGAGGAACCGAUGGGACCGGAAAGUGGGAACAAAGGUACUGCACGACAAGAGCACAAUCUAAUUCCGUGAAGUCACCCUCCACUGGCUCUUCUUCCGAGGUCAACUCGGUAACUUCCUCCUCUCUGACCGCUACCACCACGACUGCCCCGCAUGCGCCAAUCGAAACUCUUAAAUCCGCCUUGGAAGGCUACGAUUACAGUAGAAUCUAUCUCGCACAUGUUUCUUUCUUAGACUGGCGUGACCUGCCCGGACUCCGUGCCAAGAAUGGGGAGAGGGUUUGGGUGGUGGGAGCAGCGGAUCAAGAAGGUCGUCAUCGGACUAGACUCCUCGUGGCUGGACGACAUUGGCGGCCACGUUGUCUAAGCAAAGUGAACAUGCUCAGCCAGCCUGUCGUUUACGCGGGUGGUGGUAGAGGUUCCCUAACAGCUGAUCUCUUCCUCUGGUGGUUCCAUCAUGAGUUCGCAGUGACAGCCUUGGCCAUGCAUCCCGACGGAGCCAUCCUGGUUGCCGAGAGCGCCGACUACCUUCCACCGGAGAACGAAUGUGUCACGGCCGAUGGUCUCGUACGGCUUUUCGUCAUCCCCAGCGACUGUCUCGAGCCAGAACUCGUGAAGGCCGAAUUACGCGUCCGCCUCGCGGGGACCAUUCUCUCCGGAUCCUGCGUCUAUUCGGCAAGACUAGCCAACUGUCGAAACAGUCUCGCGCGAUAUCUCAAAAAGUUCACUCUGAAGGAGGCCUUUGUCGCUCUUCACCAAGCUUGGUUGGACAUCCGUUCGGAGACGUUCACUCGUUGCUGGAUCAUCCUUCACAACCAAGAUGAUACCCAGCACCCGCCAUCAGGCGUGACCAUGUCUCCGAGACCUCAUCGAGCAUCCGAUCACAAUGCCGACAGGAUGCUCCUCCUGGAGUUGCGGAAUCUCGCUCACGACGCUGGCCUUGACACCAGGGACUCCGACCUGGCCGAUUGGAUGCUCGAUGACGAAAGCAAACUCGCGCAGCGCGUCAAGAAUGAAAUCGCGGAAGCAGAGAAGAGCGAGGUAUCGGAGAACGAGGAAGACCUCGAUGAGGACGAGGACGAAGGACCCAACGCCGACGAGGCCGCCAAGCUCCUCUCACGCGUGCUUCUCUGGAUGGAGAGGGAGCCUUUCGAUCCUGGACUUCUCCUGGCGGCCAGAUCAAUGCGCGAUACCGCCGCCCUUAUGGCAAGCAAAAUGGGCCUGGCUGGGACGCAUCCGAGUGGACUACCCUUUUUCUGCCCCAAUGGGGACCACCUAACGCAACCACCCCCAGCACACAUGGGCAUUCCACCGUAUGGGGCACUGGACGCUGGGAAGGCGGCCGCGGCGGCCGGUGAGUACUGGCCACCCCACGGGCCAUCCCCACACCCCACACACUGGAAACGACUUCUUGCCGCAGCAGCCUCCACAGGUCUGACGAGAGCGCCAAUGUACCCCUUUUCUACGGGACAAUACCCCUACCCCAUGCUCAGUCCGGAAAUGACGCAAGUCGCCGCUUCGUGGCAUACACCAAGCAUGUACCCUAUCUCGCCAGCGAGUGCUGGCUUCCGAAGUCCGUAUCCUACGAGUUUACCCAUUACAAGUUCUAGUUUACCAAGUGAUCUCUACCGGUUUUCGCCGACGGGUCUUAUGCCACCUCAUCCUGGACUAAGUCCGCACGCACAUGCGUUAGCGUCACACGCAUUGGUAUCUUCAGCGCCGAAAGCUGAUCAUUCCACCUUGGAUCAUAAUCAUAGGUCUACGAUAGAGCAGAAAAACUCGACGUCGUUAGCAACAGACAACACAAAGACACAAGACACAGGGCAACAAAAUAAUCAAGACAAAAAGAAACCACACAUAAAAAAGCCUUUGAACGCAUUUAUGCUAUAUAUGAAGGAGAUGAGGGCGAAAGUCGUUGCGGAAUGUACGUUAAAGGAAAGUGCUGCAAUCAACCAAAUCCUGGGAAGACGAUGGCACUCGCUAAGCCGGGAGGAGCAGGCGAGGUAUUAUGAGGCGGCCAGGCAGGAGCGCCAUCUGCACCAGCAACGCUACCCCGGCUGGAGUGCCAGGGAUAACUACGGAUACGGCAGCAAGAAGAAGAAGAGGAAGAAAGAGCGCUCCGCAGAUCCCACCGGAGGUAACAACAUGAAAAAGUGCCGAGCCAGAUAUGGAUUAGAUCAACAAAGUCAAUGGUGCAAACCAUGCAGACGUAAGAAGAAGUGUAUCAGGUACAUGGGGGAGGGAGGAGACGGCGACGGCGAAGGCGACGGAGACGGCGAGGAUGACCAUUCGGAGGACAAUUUGGGCAGCGUGGGGGAGGCCGGUACUCCCGAAGAGGAUGAAUCUUUGAGCAGUCCUGGGGGAUUGUCCGCUUUGUCUAGUCUGGCAAGUCCAUCCCUGGUGUUACCGUCACCCUCGAGCUUGGCCAGCCCCUGCCCGUGCCCUGUGACACCUCCGGUGCCUCCUCCGCCCUUAGCGCCGAAUCCUGUUCAGCCGGCGCCUCCUCAUCGGAAUCCGGUCGGCACCAAUCCACACGACAUCAACAAUCCGCUGAGCGUUAAUCAACUCACGGGACAAUGUAUAAAGAGUGACGUGGGCCCUGCGCCCUCGGGACCCUCCAAUCCCGCGAUCAGUGUUACGUAGCCCUGGGCCGCCCCAAGUGACAAGACUGUACCAUUCGGUGUCAUCGGGGUUCAUCUACGUUUACAUUCGGAGAGGCUGGAUAACCGCAACGUCUAAACGUCGUGAAGAAUUUUACGUCGCUGCUUUGCCAGUCGCGUAUUACUCUUCUGUAUAAUGAUCCCAGCGAAAAGGCAUCAUCCUCUGACGAUACCAGCCGAAUCAAUAAAUCCAGCCCAGUUUGGCGCACUCGUCGUUUUGGAAUUACCAUCCGAGGCUCCGUUACUUCGUCUGUCUCAUCUUGGAUCUCUGGACGAGUCUGCGUGAACAGCUUGGGACAAGAAGACGAAGAGAGCUGUGAAACCGGGAGAAGCAAUAAGAACGCCGAGAACACGCCGAGAAUCAACGAGGGUAUCAACGAGUCGGGGAUUCUGCAAGGACAUGGGAUGCGUUUACGUAGGUUAUACGUGGGAAGUAGCGUUCAAGCGGCGUAUCUUUUAUUUUUAUUAAUAGGGAAAUACCGAUCAGCUUUUAGGCAGAGUAAAUAUGUAGAAUAUUUGAAACUUUGACUGAUCUGAUUGUUUUCUCUUAUUAGUAGUUAUCCAGCCUUGCUAUCCGAUCGUCACAAUAAGAGACUGACUAUGAGAGUGUGUCCAAUCGGAAUCGAAAACACGAGCAAAACACGGACGAUAUACAUAAUAUGAGAUAAUAAGAGAAGCUUAAAGAAAAAUGAAAAGAAAUGAAUAUGAUGCAGAAAUACUCAGGACCAAGUGUCUGGCUGCAGUCACCCACUAGAGGAGAGCCACGUAUGGCAAGUGACUAUGUGUUAUUGUGAGGUGCGCGUGACGCAGCUUGUAGUCCUUGUUACGUUGUGAUGCCAAUGACUGAGAGGUCAUGUUCCUGUGCCAGGUACUAUAUUCUAUAAAUAAUUAUAUCGCAGACAUAGCUAAAGAGUUAAGUGAUAGCCUUUAUUAUUAUUCAUUUAUUCGACGUCACCUGUCAAAAUACCUAUCUUCUGUAUGUAAUUUGUUAUUUUUUUAAAAGUCUAUACACACACGGUACACAUACACAUACAUAAAUUGCGAUUAAUUAGCCAGUAAGAUCUCUUUAGUGCGAAGUCGUUAAUUUUAGACCCCGUUCAACGUCUCCCCCCUCUACCUUCUUCCUACCUCGUUCGUCAUCCCUUCCUUUGUUUCUUUAUUCUCUUUCCUUUAUUCCUCAUCUUUUCCCUCUUAUUUACUAAUAACCAUUGCAUCAUACCCUAUUAAUUCAACUCCCAGACGACCUAAUUCUUCCCCUUUCUUGCCUACUCGGCGGGUAGUAAUACGAUUGGCAUGUACGUAACUGUAGAUUUUAUACGCAAUGUAUUUAACAGUCUUGUCCGUGGAUCUCCAUUGCAUAAUAUUAUUGAGGUACAUAGGUAAAUCUCAGGAAUUUAUCUGAAAACCAGUGGUGCUUUUGUGAAUGAUAUAACGUGCUGAGCCCACCUUUUGUCGAUGAGGGACGUCAGGGGUUGCUUCUUAUUUGUGAAAAUGAUAGUAUACAUCCGAUGAGAGGGAUUGGACAAAAAAUGAAUGUAAAUGUAUGGGAGAGAAAAUGUAAGGAAUGCGAUGCUGAUGUUCGAUCGUUCAAGCAGCUUUUCGCGUUCGAAAAUUAUUGACGUGACAAUAAUUGCCAUUUAAGAUUUUUGCAACGUCAGACGUACCGUUUAGCGCUUCCAUCUUAAAUUAGAUAUCCUAAGCACGUUUCAUCAUUUAUGAACGCGCUACCGUUCAUAAUGUCGUAUCUGUUGUUGUUAUUAUUAUUUAACGAACACUUUAAUGCGCAAUAACGAUGAUCAAUCGUUUUCUUAAAUAAUUUUCAUUUUUGUCAAAUUCUCUUCUUUGUAUUGUCGUUUCUCCUUCUAUUCUUUAUUUUAAUUUGCUCCAAUCUUUCUUUUACGACACUGACGACUCGCUUAGGAUUAUCAUUGAUUUUCAAUGAGAGCUAGGAUCAAUUUCGAAUUUUUAAUUGUAGUCAUACAAAUUGCAGACACGACGGAGGUAUUCAAAUUUUGAUCACAUUUCGGAUAUCAGAGAAAUGCGUAUGCGCACGUAGAUUCCUUCGGGUCUUCGAUAAGAGACUUUUUUUUUAAUUUUAUAGUUUAUGAAAGAUACUUUGUUCACUCCUGUAGAGCUAUUCCAAUUAAUUGAUAAAAUUAUUCUCUAAGCUUCUUGGACCAACAACGGCUCGUAUCUGUACGUGUACAUAAAGAGGAAUUGUACGAUGUCGUUGCGAAUGAUUUUUAAAGAUCAUUACUAUUUCUUACAUCUUCAGGCAGUACAGCGUAAUGGCGCAUUUCUCUGAUCUUCAAGCGAACGUCCUGGCGAUAGAUUUGAUUCGAAUUUUUGAAAUACAAAUAACCGCUAUGUAAAUUCACUCACGUUAAAGUACACGACGUACGCGUCUUUUAAUUACAAAAAAAAUGGAAUUAAGUAAUGUUAAUUGCGUUGAAGAAAUUACUGUUUUUUUUUUUUUUUCGUGCAACAUUAAGAUUUAAGCACCCGAUGUCUAUUGCGUUGAUAAGCGCUCACGUUAAGAGAUUUAACGAAAAAUUUCGUUGGGUCUCGGGAAAUUUUUAUUUUCGAUUACCUAAUUUUCUAUGAGGAAAUUUUUUUUUUAUGUUUUGGAGUGUUUCUUUUAUACGAAAUAAAAAUUCAGUAACCGCGAGUGAAGUGGCCUGUAGUCUUUAGCGGUUUAGGUAAAAAUUUGGAUUGUUAAAUAUGAUGAAAAUUCUUAUCAUAGCCAUUAGUAGUUAAAUUUUUAUUGCAUGAUCUUUCGGUGCAAUCUAUUUUUACCAUUUUACCAACCAAAAAUGCAAUAGAAAUCUUAUACGAUUGUUUGAACGUUCAUUAGGAAGCAGCUAUUGUACAUAAUAAAUAUUUUAAGGUGCAUUUAUUGUGAAGAUGGGAAAGUGCAAUGGAGGAAUUUAUGAGAACAAAUUGUAUACGCUACGAAUCUGAGAUGAAUCAUGAAUGUGUAAUGUUGGAAAGUUUCUUGACUGAAUAUAAUGUCUGUAUAGUGAACACAUAAACUACUGUAACGCGUCACUGAAUAGUAAACUAAACGUGCCAUAAGAACAUCAUGCCAAUAUUAUUAUUAAUACAUAUUUUUUACAUCAUGAUCUGUUUAAAUUCGUUUCUGCCAAUGAAGUAUAACGUCGGCUGAGGUGUGCAUUUUUUAAUUUGCCGUUUGCCCAACAUUUCUCUUUAACUUUUACGUUAAUCCAUUCACCCGGCUCUAUACAUUAUUCCUCUAAACUCGUUCUCGUUGAACUCUCGCCAAAAUAAAGUCCACAUCUUCGUAUUACAUUGACUUCAACUAAACACUAUCUUAUAGUACAAUUAGCGGGAACACGUGUAUCGCUCUUAAUUGCCUCACGGCCGUUUGGCUAAUUGAACGUACAAUCGAUACGAUAGAACAAUUUAAAAAAAAGUCAAAUAUCCUUAAAAACAUUUGCAAAAGGGUAUCCCAGGGAAAGUCGAUCUUUAAUCGAAUUGUUCGCGUCUCCAUCAGAGAUAAAUAACGAUUGCAUAUAUAUGUAUAUAUAUAUAUAUUUCAAACAUAGGACAAUACCGGCCGAUCUCGGCAUUCAAGACGAAUAGAAUAAAACGAAAUAAUAUAAUCCAAUGACGUGAGAAUUUUUCAGAGAUCAGGUCGGCCCUAUGAAAAGUAUUGGAUUCCCAGUGGAAACAGUGAAAAAAAUGCACACUUCCGUAAAUCGCGCGAAAUGUACACGAGCAUGGAAGAAUGCAUGCACUUUUAUUCCAUACGCGUGCAUUAACUUUUUCCGUGCUCGCGGAGCUCGCGACAAGAACUAGAAUCUGGAAUCUGAACUACCGAGGAGAACAAGAAGGCGCGGACGACGGACAACGAAUCACGAGAUCGCGAGAAGCAAAUGCAUAGACGUUCGAAGUAAAAAAGCUCACGGAACGGUAUCAACACAAUGUCGGAUAACAGUCGUGCAAUCGCGUCAUGCCGAUUGUGCUUUGUCCCUAUUAUGAAAAACUGACAGAUUGUAGCCAGAAAAGACUAUAAAAUUGUACGAUUUAUUGUAACGAUGCCUGCUGUACGCUCUGUGGUACAAGCAGAACCGUAGGGCCGGACCCCUAUGUUAAACGACCCCUCGGUAUUAUGACCAAAUGAAAAAUAGGUUUUUCGAGGACAGUUUUUCCUGCCUGUGCCACUUUGCAAUUAUCCACUUUCGAGAAAUGAGACGAAACCAUGGGACACGAGACUCUCUUUUUGUUUUUAUAUCCUUUGUGCUCUCACGUUAUUAAUUUUUUUUUUUAAUCUUUUGUCAUUCCUUCGUUCAUUUUUUUUUUCUUUUUGUCACACUCCACGACCUAGCUGGUACCUGAGUAUGAAUUCGAUGAGACUCAUCUGACCGUGCUCCAGGUUAGGUCGUGUUCUGUGUAUUGUAGCGAGGAUUAUAUCGAGAGCAGAUCAAAAUGUUAGAUCGAAAUUCUCAUGGAGUUCCGUGGGAAUUUACGACGGGGAUGCUGCUACUCGAUAGAUCUAUAUAUUUAUAUCAAUAAUAUUGUUUGAUGGAUUUAUUUGAAAUAUUUGUUAAUCGGUUAAACACGGCCUAUUAAAUGCCGCGUUCGUGUGCCGAUUCCAUAGCGGAUUGCAAACGUAACGAAUAUCAUCUCUGAUAAAUGAGAAUAAAAAUGACGUAUUUUACGGAGCGACGCGGCUUCGUCGACUGGCCUCGUCUCAUUUCCAGGAGUGCUUGUAUUAUAUGUAAAGUAUUCUACAGUUCAGCUGUGUUGUACAGUGUUUUCUAAGUAUCUAGUUUAUAGCGUGUAACUGAAAUAUUGUAUUUACACUAAUAAGUGAUCUGUAUUAAAUUCAUUCUCGUAUAGCCUGUACUCCUACUCAUAUAGAUGCUAAAAGUGAUUUGUGUCAUAAAACUAUAAAUAAAAUUAGCAAUUUGAGAAUGUU